CAUUGCAUUAUGGGAUAUUCUACUCGCCAUAUUGGAUUGGCACUGUAAUUGUCAAUACAUGAAAAGACGCUGAAAAUUUGUUAUAAUCUUAUUACCACAUUUGCAAGCUUAGUGUUUCGAAAGUGGUAAAAUUGCGCUUUCAUGAAGUUGAAAAUGAGUAGCUCGAAAACAAAGAUCAAUAUAAAAAAGAUAUCGAGGAAGUCUAAGGUUGCCAGCAACGCUUCCUCACACUGUCAGUCUCGUGAAAAGUAUUUAGAAAAUGGAUUCGAAAGAGCAGAUAUUGCAGACUUGAAACUAAGAAAAAAUUCAAGUGAAAAACGGCAUGGAAAUGAAUUUUUCCACUCUUGUUAUAGUUAUAGAGAUGUUUGCAAGCAUAGUAUUGACUUUUAUAUAUGUGCCAGUUGUAAAUGCUAUCUCAAUCGAAACGAUAACGUUUGGAAAAAUGGAAGAGAUUGUGUAUGUGAAGAUUGCAAAGGGAAGCUUACGUUAAACGGUGAUUGGAAACCUUUAGUGAUGAAUAAUAAUAGUUGUCAAAAGUCAAAGAGGUAUGAAUCUUUCGAUCAAGACGGUUGGGAUAACAUUGCUCAAAAUAUAAGGGCCAUAUUACAAGGAGAUAAAUUUAAUGACAAUGGAGAAACAAAAUUAUUAAUAGCUGAAAUAUGUAAGGAAGACGAAAGUCUAGUGUUAACUCGUCUUAUGGAACUUGCCUACGAUUGGAUGAUGGAGAGAAAGAAGCACUUGACAGGUAUUAUUGGGCAAACUAGUACCUCAAUUGAUGAGUCAACUUGUCAUUUAAGAUUAUUGCUCUCUCAAUUCCAUAAUCUCGAACACGUUGCAAAACGUCUACAACCUGUAAUAGAACCACUGCAAGGACAAAUGACUCGGUUUACUUUGUCACUUGGUCUAUAUUUACGCUAUUUAUUUAAAAUACACAUAGGUCAAGAUGAGAGAGUAGUCUCCUUCCUCACAAGUAUUGAAGAGAACUGCAAAAAAGUUAAAUUAUCGAACAUGGCAGCAGAAUUUCGUAGAACAAUGAAAGAAGUCGACGAUGAUUAUGAAGAUCUUAUAAAUAAAAUAACUAGUGAAAGAGAGGACGUUAUUGACUAUAGAGAAACGAUAUUAAGUGAAGACUUCGCGUUUUUCAAAGAACAAAGAAAGUUAUUACUUCAAAAAUCCGGUAAACAUGAGGAGAAUGAAGAAACUGCUAGAGAAAUGGAGGAGGAGUUACGAAAUAUACUCAGUGGCUGUCAUAGUGCCCAAGAAAUCUGUCCGAACUGCAAAAUUGAACGAAGCUGUUGCUGUUCAGAAUGUUGCAUUGCCCACUUUAUCACCUGCGGAAUAUUUGAUACAAGUACGGAAUGCACACCCUCACGGAAAUUACAAUUUGAGUUAGAUAGUAUAAAACCGCCAUCGAUGUCAAGCGCGUCAUCAGCAUCUGAUUAUGAAUCUACAGUAGAAGAGCCAUUAAAUGUGGAAAAUUCGACUUCCAAUCACGCUUAUUCUCGCAACAAUUAUUCACCUCCGUUGAACGAAAAUAAUGAUUAUUAUAUAGCAUCUUCGGCACCAGCCUCUCCAGAACCCGAUCCACAAAAUAAUGAUUGCAAUUGUCAGGAAUGUUCAAGUCAACCACCAAUAGAUAAAUUUCGAAGUAUGUCUUUAGAGCAAACUUCUUUAUAUGAACUUCAUACUCAUACAGAAGCUUCACCGAAGCUUUGUGCUAAUUGUGGCCAAAACAAUUUAACAAAUGACAUAGCUACGAAUACGACUAUAUCUGUCCAACGGUCUAAACGUGCUACUUCCGAAACAUCUCUUAAACAACAGGCAAAACAUCAGCAUCAGCAACAUCAAGAGGCAGAUGAAAGUAACGGUGAUCAAUGCGAAAAGCAAGGAAAAUUUUGCGAUUGUUGUUAUUGUGAGUUUUUUGGACAUUCUAAUCCUGCCGCUCCUCAAGUCAGUAAAAACUAUGUCGAAAUGAGAGAUAAACUGCGACAACGGUUAAAAAAGAAAAAAGAAACAUCAGCUCCGGAUCGGGGAUGCAAAUCGGGAGGUAGUAACAAAGCCAGUUAUGACUUAAGAGAUGCAAAUGUUGACGAGCUCGUUGCGUUCAUUGAAGGCGAUUCGAAAGAAAAGAGUGCAAAAGCACAAAAAAGAGCAAGGCAAAAACAAAAGAAACUGGAAGAGAAGGCUAAAAGAGAAACACAACGGUCCCAUUCUGCUUCUUCCACCAUUCGGUCCUCCUCUACCAAAACUUCAAAUGAACGAUCAACUCCCUCACCAUCUCCAUUAUCUCCGUCUUCUCCUCCUCAGCCUCCUUCAUAUUCAACAAUUCCUACCAGUAAUCCUUCCGAGUUUCAGCUGCAAAUUAGGGCUGAUGGUCAGUUACAUUUUGUUUCACCAACACGGGGAGAAAGAAAAGUAGCUGUAGCCAAAAGAAAGCAUCCAGAGCGAAAAGCCUGUGGAAUACUACAAAACUCUGGUAUAUCAUCGCAACACUAUCUCAAAGUGAAGCGCUCGCAGACUAUCGACAGUUCGGCUAAACUAGCUUUGGACUUCUUUCAUCAGCCAGACCUUUCAACGCUAGAAAAGGUUUUUAGUGAACGUUUGCAACCGCUUCCCCAGGAAAGAUUGGAGAGAAAAAACAAAGAAGGUUCAAUGCAAACUGCUGUAGAUGUAGCUCCCCAAAUGCCAAUACAAGAUAUUUUGAGUUUAGAACAACAACAAAUUCGGCAAAAGAAGAAAGCAACACGUAAGACAACAGCGGUAACUACUUUAGCAACUACUACAACAACUGUAGCAUCAACGGCAACAGAAUCCCCAGCAGCGACAACAUCUACGUCUUCAAAAAGGGUCAAUAGUGAGUCGGAAGGAAGUCCAGUUGCUCCGGAAACCCGUCAAGUUAAUGGCGAUGAAAAAAGCGAUCGUAAAAUUUCACCAAAGAGUGAUGCUUCUCGGAAAAAGAAAAAUAAGAAGAAGAACGGCGAAGGGGGUGGUGAAGAUUAUAUGGACGUGUUCAAUCCUAAAUUGGAUGAGAAAGAAUUGGAUGAUGCUGAAAGGGAGUUAGAACAAUUUAAAAAAUUUUGCCAAGAAAGCUCUACUAUAAAGCCAGAACGACGGAAGAAGCUAAACAUUAAUUACAAGGAUUUAGUGGUGAAGCGUAAGCAGUAA